CUCCGCCGUCCACAGAGACGCACCUUUCCUCCCUCUUGUGUCUGUAUCAAGCCGCCUCCCCUCCGCCGGUGGAAGGCGGUCAGUUUCCACAUCAGAGUCCUGCAGGAGACACAGCGCUCUCUGCUCUUUUGUUUUACUCUUCUCACUCUCUGUCUCAAACUUCUCGCUCUGUUUUGUGAGGCGUAAAAACUUUGGAGAGCUUUGGAGAGCUUCCCUCCUCCUCCUCCUCCUUCCUCCUCUUCUUCCUCCUUCUUUUUUCCCUGCGUGCGUAAUUAGUUUGGAGAGCGUUUGGAAACUUGUGAUGGCCGUGAAGAAAUCUCACUUUACUUCUGACACCUGUUGCUGAACAACACAGCGCGCACAGCGGUCCAAAACGUGCGCCGACAUUAAUUUCUUCCACUUUUUUACGCCAAGUUGGGACUGUUUUUUGGCCACUGACAGGUCCGGAGCUGCGUAAUUCCUCCACAAAUCGAUGUUUUUGGUGAUUCGAACCGAGACUUCUGCGUGACAUCGAGGAGGAAGGACAUUCAGAGGGUCCAAAAAAGUGACACUGUGAAGAAGUUGUGGGUCUGUUUGAGCGCUCUGGAGCAAGCUGCUGUUUCGGAAAGACACCGAGCUGUGAGAAGUUUCCCAGCCGGACUGAGAGGAACAAUUGUCGGUCUUGAGCGCUUCGGAUGGUGGAAGGAGAAAGUUUUCUUGGAGAGCUGAGCGACAACUUCUUUUGAGAACAGCAGAACAGCCUUUUGAAAACAACCUUCAGGCAGCAACCUACCAUACUGAAAAUUUCAAGGUCUGCCAUGGGCUUGGAUUGUGACAUAAGGUUGGGUGCUGACUCCAGCAGACUUCAGGACAGAGGUGCUUUUUCCUCCCCCUCGCUGCUCUGACUGUGCCAGCCCCAAACCCACAGCGUUUUCCAGUUCCUCCUGAGAGAUCCCAGGCCAGAUGAGAUGCGUAAUACCUCCAAGCACUUCCCCCAGCACUGGCUGUGUGGCGGCGACGCGGCGGACCAUGGACAACAGGCCUGUCCGGAGAAGACGAACCGGUGUCGUUCGACAUCUGCUGCUGGCUGCCGCCUUCCUCUCCUGCAGCUCCCAACUGAUGCUCGUGGAUGCCAACUCAUGGUGGUCACUGGGUCUGACCCCGAUCCAGCGGCCGGAGAUGUACAUUAUUGGAGCUCAGCCUCUCUGCAGUCAGCUGUCUGGUCUCUCCCAGGGUCAGAGGAAGCUGUGCCAGCUGUACCAGGACCACAUGACCUACAUCGGAGACGGAGCCAACACGGGCAUCAAGGAGUGCCAGUACCAGUUCAGACAGAGGAGGUGGAACUGCAGCACCGUGGACAACGUGUCGGUGUUCGGACGGGUCAUGCAGAUCGGCUCCAGGGAAACGGCCUUCACCUACGCCAUCAGUGCAGCCGGUGUGGUCAACGCCAUCAGCCGGGCGUGCCGUGAAGGUGAACUCUCUACUUGUGGCUGCAGCCGAGCCGCCCGACCCCGAGAUCUGCCGCGUGAUUGGCUGUGGGGCGGCUGUGGCGAUAACGUGCACUACGGCUACAGAUUUGCUAGAGAGUUCGUAGAUGCCAGGGAGAGGGAGAAGAAUUACCCCCGAGGUUCACCUGAACACGCCCGGACGCUGAUGAACCUGCAUAAUAAUGAAGCAGGGAGACAGGCCGUCUACAACCUUGCUAAUGUGGCCUGUAAGUGUCACGGAGUCUCAGGUUCCUGCAGUCUGAAGACCUGCUGGCUCCAGCUGGCCGACUUCAGACGUGUUGGAGAAUCCCUGAAAGAGAAAUACGACAGCGCAGCAGCCAUGAGGAUUGGACGCAAGGGAAAGCUGGAGCUGGUAGACAAGCGCUUCAACACUCCAACCCCCGAGGACAUGGUCUACAUCGACCCCAGCCCGGACUACUGCCUCCGCAACGAGACCACCGGCUCGCUGGGCACUCAGGGCCGCCUCUGCAACAAAACCUCGGAGGGGAUGGACGGCUGCGAGCUGAUGUGCUGCGGCCGAGGAUACGACCAGUUCAAGACCUACAAGCACGAGCGCUGCCACUGCAAGUUCCACUGGUGCUGCUACGUCAAGUGCAAACGCUGCACGACACUCGUGGACCAGUUCGUGUGCAAAUAGCAUCGCUGGUGGACGCCGGGAUGACGGAAGAGGGAUGAAAGCAGCGGAGAGGGGAGGAGGUGACGACGGAGGUUGAAGGAGGUGACAGAAAGGUGGCUUUUUUUUCCAGGGUUUUGUUCAGGAUAUGACACACAUUUCAUUUUCUGUCCAUUUUCCUCGUCGCCUUGUCUUUCACAUCAAGAAAAAAAGCUUUCAAAAACAAAUCUGCUGCCACUUUUUGAGCAGAGAAGGCAACUCUGAUUUCUGUUUUCCCGCCCUCAAUCAUCACUGCUUUCACGUAUGAUAUCCUGAUCCCAAUCAUGAAGGAAGAAAGAACCAAAGAAGGACACAUAGGGAUGAACGGACCCGCAGGAGGAACAACUGGAUCCUUUAAAGGGAGGACGCAUGAGACUAGUGGGAGAUGAAGAAAUGAGCGACGAAAUAAAUAUAUAAUAAAAUAAUAAAUAAGCAUACAAGCAACUUUGAUUGUUAUUUAAAGAGACUUGAGCAAGACAGCAGUUUUGGGCCCAUUAAGAACUAUGUAUUUUGGAAUCUCCCAGUCCUUUUGGAGUGUGGAGCCUCAGUGGUGCCAUCACAUGCGUUUUAAUGAACUUUUGACCUUUGGAGAGAGAUUCUGGCUAAAGUUGUGCUAAAAUUGCCACGUGUACUGUUAAUACCAUACAAGAAAUGCAGAAUAGUGAGACAAUAGAGGAGGUGUCAUCUAUUAGGGGUAUAAAUUCAAAGAAAAAUUAAUUGGAAAGACAAAAUAAGAUGUUUUUUUUGACACAACUGUAGAUUUCUGUUUAAAAAUCCACACAUCACCUUGAGGCCAUAAAGGACAACAGCGACCCCUCCAUUUAUCUCCAUGUCACCGCUGCUCUUACUGGUAUUACCGGAGCAGAUUCCCAGCGACCUGACAAGUGUGUCUGCGCAGGUUAAUGAGGCUUUUUGCCGGUUGUGGCCAUCUUGACACCGCGGCUGUUUAAACAAGCAGCUCACACCGGCGGCUUCGGCUCUGUAACCUUCAUGUGACAGUGAAGUGAACAAAACAUCCAUUAGCGAGAUUAAUGUGCUGUAUCUGCCUUAAUGAAGCUGCACUGAGAGACACCAGUGGACAUCUUCAUCUCAUCAUGUUACGCAAUGUGUUAACAGACCUGCAACGUCGAUUUUUGCCGCCGUUUUGUAAUUCUUUUGUUUCAUAAUUUUGUUUUGGUUGACUAAUCCGAAUGAUAGCUGAUGACAAACAAGACAACCGAAGAGGACUGAACAUGUUGUGGAACAAAAAUCUGAAAGGACUGCAAUUUAUUACGUGCUACUUUAAGAAAAAACAACAACAGUGGAUCGAAAAAGAAAUUUUAUUUUAUUAUUGUUUUUCAUUCUCUGUUUUCUAUGUUUUAUACAUGAGUAUUAUUGUGUAUUCUUUUGAUAAACUAGUCUUUGAAAAUCUGUUUUUGAGCUCUUUUUUUAGAUAAAGUCUGAUCCGGGCCAAGAUUUUUCACUCUGUCCUACCAUGACAACUACAGACUCGUCUUUGUCAUUGAAUCUGUUUUGGAAAAGGAAAGGAAUUAAGUAAUACAGUAGAAGAGAUAGAAAUACACUGCUGCCAUUGAUAACAGAGGGACAAGUAUGUAAAAAACAACUGAGAUCUUGGAAAUUGCAAAGAGGAAAAAAGACUGAACUUCACUUAUUCUGGAGGAACGGUUGCCAAUUACCUCUUCUGAAUGUUUCAUAUUUUCUUCAUACAUGAUCAAUUGUAUGAUUUUUUAAAAAAAGUUUAAAUUCUUUGAAAUUGCUUAAAAAUGGGACAAACAUGGGCCUUUUCCCUUGUUCUUAACAUUUUUUCUUGCAGGAUUGAAGAUCUCAGCUGAAAAAUACAUUGAAUCUGGAAUUAAUCUUCACAUUUACACUCAGAUUAAUCUCAAACGGCACCAAAUAAACAACUAUGUGUGCAUCCAUCUCGAUCAUAUCAGUAUUACAGUAGCCUAAAGACAUGAGCGGAUAACUAGAAUUUUUUCAUGUCACCUUGUGUUUAUAUGAAUGUAUUGUUUUCUUACAUAAAAAGUAAAAUAUUAUGUAUGUUCGUAAA